AUGUUUCGUCGUAAGAAGACUCCUGCCCGAGAGCCUCCUCAAGCCUUCGGCUACGACCGCGGUGCCGUCGUCUCACUCGUGAAGCGCCACUACCGCCUGCUCGUGGACAUGGGCCAUUUGCACCCGGACGCCCUUCAGGCGCCAUCCGAGACGGGAUGGACCGACGAGGAGCUUAAUGUCGGCGCGCUGCGGACCCUGGGCCGCUCCGACAAGGUCAUUGACCUUCUACAACAUCUUCCGUAUCCGAGAGCGGGGCCCCCCGGUACUGACGAGGCGGGCGACGACGCGGUGGUCUACUAUGAGACGAAGGUUCUGUCCUACCUUAGAAACAAGUGGCAGCCCGAAAAAGACCCAGACCCAAACUGGCAUCAACGGCCGUUUGCCAUGCUUGGGUUGGCGCCUUUUGACAGGCCCUUGCCGCCGCAUAUGGUAUCCUUGACACAUGACGAAGCAGCGAUCGGAUGUGUCUAUCCUCAGGGCGACGAUUACUACCUGUAUGGUGACGCCCCUGCCGAGGCCGAAGGAGACGCACCAUGGCUCAGUGCAAAGGCGGUUUCAUUUGAGAACUUCUUCAGCAAGAUGCACAAGGAAAUUUCAACUCUUAAGCUGGUUCCGGCACCUGCGGCGGGAAACUUUGGGGCCGCCAUUCGAGCGGUGAAUGACCCGGAUGCCAAGGCAAUGAAACACUCGUACCGUCAGCAUGGCUGGCCGGAUGCGUUCAGAAAAGAUGAGUUUCUUGGGGCUGCCGUGCCAGCUCGCGCGGCCAUCUUGGACGAAGAGUACGACUGGUCAGACGCGUAG